AAAUUUACACAAAGUGGUGGUGUUCGUCCUUUUGGAAUCUCAACACUCAUCAUUGGUUUCGAUGAAAAUGAUAAAACGCCUAGACUCUAUCAAACGGAUCCAUCUGGUAUAUAUUCUGCAUGGAAGGCUAAUGCAAUUGGCAGAAGCUCGAAGACCGUUCGUGAAUUUUUGGAAAAAAAUUAUAAAGAGGGUUUGACUAAAGAUGAAACUAUCAAAUUAACUGUUAAAUCUUUGUUAGAAGUUGUACAAACUGGAGCUAAGAAUAUUGAAAUAGCUUUAAUGACAGAUGACAGCGUUAUUAAGGUAAGAAAAGUAUAUACUCGUGCUUCAACUAGUUAA